AGGACAGAGCCCAAGGGGUCAGCUCGGGCAGGAGGAGCCGCAGCCUGAGGAAGUUGGUGGGCGCCUUGCGGGGUCCCCAUUCCCAGCGGAGCGGUCGCGUCGCGGCCACCUGCCCAUAAGGCCAUUUCUUUCCAACUUCAGCUACAGUGAUAGCUAAGUUUGGAAAGAGCAACACGGGGGUUAGGCCGUUUCGUCCGCUGCUGCUUCUUGGCGCUGCGCUCUGCCCCGCUCUCCUCUCCUGGGUACCCCCGAGCUAGCCGCUGCGCUCGUCGCGUGUGUGUGCGUGCGCGCGUGUCUGCCGGCCCGCCUCUGUCGCGCUCUCUCACGAGAGCAACAAGCCGCCGAGAGGAAAGGACCCCCCCUUCCCCCGGGGAGAGAUUUUUAAAAACAACAACAACUCAGCGGUGCCAAGCUGAUAUAUAUAAGCCAUGGCAGAACAGCAAAGCAAGCAAGGAUGCUGUGGUGAGUCGCAGGGCGCGGAGAGGGACGCGGGCUGAGCGCACGGGCGCAGGUGGCGAGGCUGGCUCGCUCAGGCUGCCUUGUUGACGCGGGGAAGCGGGUCAUGGAGAGGUCUUGCGCGCACGGGGGAAGGAGGGAGUUUGCGCAAGGGCGCGCGCGCGCUGCGCUGGAUUCUCUUCUGCGCGCACAGCGCCAGGCGCUUGCCCGCAGUGUCUCGUUACCACACAGGUAGAGAGGAGCCACCGGCCCCUAUGGACCUUUGAGGGGGCUCUGCGACAAGGGAUUGAAAGAAUACUGAUUUGAUCUUGAAGGGAAAAUGGCAACCGAGUUUUCUUAGUUCGGUGUUACCCGCUCCAGAAACGAAGCUUUCUGUGAGUGGGUGUGUUGCGAGUUCAUAAAACUUGCUAGGAGGUAAUUGGUGAUAUUUCGACUGCCCAGGGGCCUCCAUAGGAUUUAAUCCGGCACUGGGUGCCGAGUUUGGUAGUGGGUGCACAUGCACCCAGCCCGCAACAAAAGUCGCUGCGCUGAUGGGUGCGCUGUAAGCGCUCUUGCAAAGUACAGUCAUACCUUGGUGGUCAAACGUCUUAGAACUCACACGUUUUGGCUCCCAAACGAUCGAAAACCGGAAGUGAGUGUUCUGGUUUUUGAACCAUUUCCAGAAGCCGAACGUCUGCCGCGGCUUCCAGUUGGCUGCAGGAUGCAGCCAAUUGGAAGCCGCGAAUGGUUUCAGGAAUUGAACGGACUCUUGAAACGCAUUCUGCUCGAGAACUAAGGUAUGAAUGUACCUUGCUUUUGCUGGACAGUUCAGCAGUUUGACGAAGGGCCCCCGUAGCCCAUUGGUAGAGGGGGGCUGCCUUGCAUGCAGAAGACCCCAACUUUAGUCCAGUUACGGCAGCGGGUGUCCUAUGUCUGAAGACCUGGAGAAUCGCUGCCCGUCAGGAAAGAUGGUGCCGAACUAGAUGGAUCCGUGGUCUAAGGCAGCUUCCUAUGUUUUGGCAGCCAGCUCCUAUUUAGGAGAAGGAAUUCUUUAGCAGAAGAAAUCCAAGAUGCGUUGGAAUCCUGGCUAUGUCUGGGAGAAGAAGUGUUAUGCUUUGUGGGGCUAUAUUCCCUUACAUGGGAAGAGGGCACACAGGUAAUGCUGGAUUGCAACCAUGAGGUAUAAAAUGAGGUUGCUGAAGAAGAGGAGAAACUUCGUGGUGUUUUUCGCACUGAAGAGAGAAACAUCUGCAUACUUCUGCUUUCGUUAGCUUGGCUGAAAGGGUCAUAUCCCUGUAACCUAGAAAAGUGCAUGUGUGGCGUUAGUUGUGAUGGCUUGUAUGUCGAAAAGAGGUAGGACCACUGCUGGAAUUUAGUUCAUAACUUUUUGCCAUUGGAAUUUCAUAGCAGCGCUUCCGAGUAGCGCAUGAAAUAAUUCUGGCGGACGAUGCAUGGACGUUAAAUUGGGACUAAGGCAGCAGGUCUCAAGAUAGAUGGAAAAAAUGUGGCAGACUAGAUAGAUGGAAAAACUAAGUGCCUCGUGACAGUUAAUAAAACUUGGUGUUAACAGAGGUGGAUAUUUCUUUAAGCAAAGACUGAAACCUAUAGGUAGUUGUCAAGCUGUCUUGGUGCUUUACUCAAAUUUAUUAAGCUAAAUAACGAUACUAAACAACGGCAGAGAUGAUGGUAGAAGCUUGGCCACUGUCUGGCUCAUGGGUAGGGAAACUAAGGCCCCGGGGCUGGAUCCUGCCCAAUCGCCUUCUAAAUCCGGCCCGUGAACCGUCCAGGAAUCAGUGUGUUUUUACAUGAGUAGAAUGUGUCCUUUUAUUUAAAAUGCAUCUCUGGGUUAUUUGUUGGGCCUGCCUGGUGUUUUUACAUGAGUAGAACAUGUGCUUUUAUUUAAAAUGCAUAGGAUUUUGUGGGGCAAAGGAAUUUGUUCAUUUUCUCUCUCCAAAUUAUAGUCUGGCCCCCCCGCAAGGUUUGAGGGACAGGGGACUGGCCCCCUGCUGAAAAAGUUUGCUGACCCCUGGUCUAGCUGCACAAGAAAAGUAAAUUUGCAGGACACACUUAAAUGACAACUCUUCUGUUUCCAUCUUAGGAUCCUGUGCCAGUUAUUUCACCUCUGCAAAAUUCCUACUGUACCUUGGCCAUUCCCUGUCCACUUGGGUAAGUAAUGUAUAACCGUAGAUAAUAUACAUUUGGCUGGUCUGUAUAGCAGGAUGACUUGUGGACAACUGUUGCAUAUAUCAACAAGAGGGGAUUGUGCUGUGUGAUAUCAUGCCACAAUUCAGGGAAAAUGUGCAACACUACAUUUAAUAAAAUACGCUCUGACACAUUGGUCCUGAAUUCGUUAGCAAGCCCCAUCACAGGUUUCAGCUCUGUUAGGACCAGAGCCUAUGCUUUUCAAUGAAGAAUAAUGUAGAUCUCAGCUUUGUUAAAGAGCUUUGAUAUCAAUAUUCUGACUUAUUUUCAGCAGUAUCCAAAGGCCUGGUUGGCUAAAGUUUUUUUUUUUAAAUGUUUGAAUUUUUAUUCUGUUUUUAUAUGUGUUGGAAGUCGCCCAGAGUGGCUGGGGAAGCACAGCUGGAUGGGCGGGGUAUAGAUAAUGAUAAUGAUAAUAAUAAUCGUUGUUGCUGGAAUUUUUCUCCUUUCCCGUACCAAGAGAUAUUUAUUUUGUUUGCAUAGGCAACUCUAGUGUGUAGAAUUGGGGCAAAUGUGCUUAAAAAAUUGAUAAAAUUAUCAGUGAUUUAUGAGGAAGAAUGUUUGUUAGCAAAAGGGGAUGGUUAAGACACAGCAUUUCCAAGGAGCAAUAAUAAUAAUAAUAAUAAUAAUAAUAAUACAACCCAUACGUGCACUGAGAAGCUUCUGUCCUGAUUCAAAUAAAAGGCAAACUUUUUUCUUUCUCUGUAGAAGGCAAGUUAAAUUAAUUUUUAUAUGCUGUUCCCCAGUGACUGUCAUGCAGGAACACGGAGCUUAUGAUCUUUGUGGCAGCAUAUAGUACAUCUGUCUCAGCACAGUGCCACAAAACAUGGCAUUAAACUGACACAGCAAAACCACUAAGGUUGAUAUUGCAAGAAGGUGAAAAGACACACAUGAUUAGGACUGGGGUUUCAGCAAAGCCUCUCUUUAGUUUGGCCAUAGUUUGCUCAGGGACAGCUUUGCCAUUAGUCAGAGCAAGGCAGCAAAUGCUGGGAACUGGGCAGGUACUGAGGAACAGAGCUGUGGGUACCACUCGGUCGGCCCCAAACCCUAAACCCAGGCUGCUGCCCUUGGGUGCAAUGGAAGACACUGUCCACUAACCAGUGCUGAAGUAAGGUUGAACUUUUUAUGUGGAAUGGGGCUCCAUCUUGUCCUUUGAAGCAGAAAAAUCUAUUGGGCCAUUCCUGGUUGGAAGUGAGUAUCUCACUAUUCAGUGCAAUAAAGAAUUUUCCUAAACUAGCUAGAGUUAAGUUUUGCAACUCCCAUGGAUUUCAGGAGGAGCACUAAAUGUGCUUUUUUUUAAUGUGUCAGGUUGAAAUUGUAAUUCUUGGCAGUCAUAUCAUGGGCAAAGCACAUGCAUAAAGCACAAAGGUUGUUUGAAUGGCUCCACUGUAGCGGUUCACCUUGGAACCUGCUUUUUCUAUUUAAAACAGGCUUGCUUGUUCAGCUGGGUGACCUGCUGUAAUAAGCAGCUCUUUACACCUCUGGCCAUGCACACCCUUCUGCUCUGCCUGCCCACAUCUGUGUCUAGAAUUGUGGCUUAUAAUUUAGGUAGAUUGGUCCUUAAAAUACGUUGGACCUCCGCUCAACCCUGGCUGUUGGCUGUGUUGGCUGGGACUGAUGGGAGCUGGAGAGCCUCCUGUUCCUCACCCCUACUUUAAAAGGGUCUCUAUCUAAUGAAAACCCCUCUGUGUCUUUAACCGACCAUGAAUUUGCGGGUGGGAGAGGUUGAAAUGUUUUGUUCAAGAUGCGAUAGAGAGAUAGGUUCCAUAGUUCAGUUCAGAGUUGAGCACACAUAAGCCAGUUGGUUUUUCCAGGGAAAAAGGCCUCCCCCUUCCCCCCCUUUUUUAGGAUAAAAAUCGGUCAUUGAAAGAUAGUGGCAAUUCAGGCAUGUGUGGAGUGGUGCUGUAGUACAGAAAGAACAUCUUGACUGUUGUGGAGGCAGCAGGUAUGCUCUUUUGAGCCCUAAACGGCCUCAGUCCAGUAUACCUGAAGGAGCGUCUCUACCUCCAUCGUUCUGCCCGGUCACUGAGGUCCAGCUCUGAGGGCCUUCUGGUGGUUCCCUCGCUACGAGAAGCCAAGUUACAGGGAACCAGGCAGAGGGCCUUCUUGGUAGUGGCACCCGCCCUGUGGAACGCCAUCCCACCAGAUGUCAAAGAGAAAAAUAACUACCAAAUGUUUAGAAGACAUCUGAAGGCAGCCCUGUUUAGGGAAGCUUUUAAUGUUUAAUAGGUUAUUGUAUUUUAGCGCUCUGUUGGAAGCCGCCCAGAGUGGCUGGGGAAACCCAGCCAGAUGGGCGGGGUAUAAAUAAAUUAUUAUUAUUAUUACUAUUACUAAUGUCUGUGGUUAUAACCAGAGGUGUCUUAGGUGCAAAUCAGCAAAACAAAACAUUUCAGUUCAGUAGGUGUUUAACCUAACCAUGCCCCAGUUUUGCUACAUAGCACCCCGAUGCCUCUGUCUAACAAAGGCAAGUUCUGAAGCACAACAGAUUAUCCUGUUUGUGGGUAUGCAGAGGGUGGAAUCCUUCUAGUUUCAUUUGUUUUUACUGGGAAUUGCUUCUGAGGCACGGGGUUCGUAUGAAGGCAUAAGAAGCUAAUUAACUUCCCCAGUUUAAUUUGCUAACAAUUGGUUUGUGCCACCCAUGACAGCCUUAGUGUCUGACUCACUGCUUUUCUCUCUUAAUAAGAAAAUAAACAGGCAAAGAAACACUUUCUUAAGUAGCCAACUUUGCAGAAGCAAUACACACACACAGACACACACUUUGUGGAACCAAGACUUUAAAUAUUUGAAUUAAAGGAUGCUUAAAUAUUGCAGGCAACUGUAUCCAUGCUUGCUUUUGGUUGUUAGUUUUGUGGCAAGGAACUCCUCCUUUGUCUCCAAGAGAAUGUUGUGCUCAGUCUGACAGCUGUCACAAGCAAUAACUAAGCAUUUAAUCUCAGGUUACACCUGUGGCUUCAGCUAGGACCUUUAUGGAACAGCCAAAACAACUUACAUUUUUAGAGACGAAAAUUCUGCUUCUAGUAACUAUAUCAAGUUAAGGUAAUUUCAUAUUUUCAAUCCCAGGAUGAUCCGUAAGGGCACUUACGUCAAACGUGGCUCCUCAGUGAGUGUAUUUACUCAUACGCAUUGCUUUAUUACAUUUACAACUUAAGAACAGCUUUACAUGCACACCCAAAAAUGCAGUGUGUGGCAUUACCCUUAUGUGCUUAGCUAAAGUCUCCCAUAGGUCCUUUGAUUUAGUUGUUACCAGAUUGUUGUUUUUCUUGCUCCCUUGGCUAUUUUCAGGCAUUAAACAACCGUUCCCAGUGUUUUCAGAAGUGAGUGUUGUUGCUUUUGUAGCCAAAAAGGCGCAACCCACACACAAGAGAGGAGGCACCAGCAUGUUCAGGGGAGUCUCAAGGUUUUCAGAAAUACCAAAGAAUAUUUCCAGCGGAGGUGGUGGGGACUUAGAUAAAGGGACCACAAAACAACCCAGUGAAGACUGAGCACGCUUAGAGGCUACAGAGUGUGGGCUGAAUAUUGGAGGGGGCCAAACUGGUUGGUAGGACCAAUAGAAUGGAGAAUUGUGGAGGCUAGCUUGGCUAGAACACUGAAGAGAAGCACACAUUCAUUGCAACAUUUCAAUGCUGGCCGCACUUGUGCGUUCCAUGUUUGUUAUCGGCAAUUGCCCCCUUUCUGCUGCUUAUCAAAGUGAGAAACUUAUCUGCUGAACACACAUUUAGGACUUUUCAGAGGAAGGUAGAUUGCUGGAAUGUGAACAUCACAAAAUAAAUGAAUGUCAGCGACACCCCUUAGCUAGCUUGUCUGACAGAUGGCCUUUAAAGGGUCAUUAGACAACAUGACCCUUCCACUCAGAUAAUGGGGGUCACAGGCAAUAAUUGACUUACUGUGUAACAGUCCCAUUGCCUGCAAUGUAACCUGUCCAGUGCAAAUUAAGGAUUACUGUAGGAGUAACCUGUCUGGUACACAGCUAUUGCUUUGUGACAGAUGAGGAAACUACUGGGUUUCUGGUUUUUUCAACAGCAGAUUUAUUAUGCCACCCAAGCUCCUGUUCUGUAUAUUUAUUUGAGUAACAGUAAAACAGUUACAGGCAUUUCAUCAAAGUUCAUCUGCUAUCGCAGUUGCUAGGAUAAUGGGGAAGUUUCCAUUGCAGCGCUUGCAGGAUUUAUUGGGUUCUACAUAUAUAGAAGUUGAAAUCUAGUCAACUUCAAGCAGAGUUGGAACAGUUUCAAGGGCUCCAACUUCCAAGAAACCAACGUUGGAGUUAAAGUGCUGUGAAGGAGGAGGAUGUUGGGUUAUUACAGGGGCUGAACAGUUCAGGUAACCAAUGAGAAGGAUGCAAGGAACUUCAGCGUGGGAGAUAAUAAAGGAGGGUAGUUGUCUGGUGCCUUCGUUUAUUCAUUUUGUGUUUAGUUUUGUCUUUUUAGUCCCUUGCCAGGGAAAGGGCAAUGGUGACAAGGGCAAGAAGGUGGGGCCCCUCAAGGAAGGAGAUUCACGGGGAGCGUCUUAUCCAAAAAUAUGGGGAAGACACUCUUGGAUACUUUAUAGACACCCUAAAGCAGAGCUUUCCAAAAUGUGUGUCACAACACAUUAGUGUGUCGGCUGCAGUGUGUAGGUGUGUCCCGUGAAUGCUCCCUGUGCUCCUCCCAGGGCUGCAAAGGGAGCAGGUAGCCCACCGGUUUGCUAGUAAAACUGAAUUAGUGUGUCGCGAAAUGAUGCAUGUCUAAAAAGUGUGUCGCCAACAUGAAAGGUUUGGAAAGCUCUGCCCUAAAUUGUUAUGUGCAGCACAUGAUUUAGUAUUAAACUAAAUCUCUCUUUUUUUCCCCUCUAGGGAGAUCGUAUGUGGCACUUUGCAGUGUCGGUCUUCCUGGUUGAACUGUACGGAAACAGUCUGCUCUUGACUGCUGUUUAUGGGCUGGUUGUGGCAGGUUCAGUUCUUCUUCUGGGAGCCAUUAUUGGAGACUGGGUAGACAAGAACCCAAGGCUCAAAGGUUAGUCAUGUUUUAGUGGUUUUGAUGAAGAAUGUUGACAUGUGUUAAGUGGAACCCAAAUCACAGAAAACAAGAUGGAAGGUGUUAAAAUGGCUUACGCCAUUUACUUUCUAAAUAGAUGAUGAUGAUGAUGAUUGCAAGUUUUCAAGCAUUCCCCUCACCCAUGUGGCACUGGGUUGUAUCUCAGCUUCAGUGUACAGCUGCUAAAAGCAAUAGACACGACUAAUGUAUGCCCGUUGAUUUCAGUAGGCCUACUCUGAGUAUGGCUUAGUUAAUUUUAUGCCAGUCUGAAAAUGAUGAGCCUUAUCAAGGUGUAGAAUAUUUGAAUAAAAUGCUAGAGGCAUUGAAAGUUUGAUUAGUAUCUCAUUCGGAGCUGGUAAAGAAUAACUGUGCAAGCUCGCAGAGUUCUAUCCAGGUUUACUCAGAAGCAAGUACCACUGUGUACAACAAGGCCUAUCCUCUUUAUAAAACCUGUGUGGCAGGGCUGUAAUGGUCACAUAUUCUCUGCAAAAUUCAUAUGCCUUGUCUCUUGGACUAAGCAUUUUGCAGACAGUAUAAUUAUGUGACCUGCUUAAAGCUAAUUUUAAAUAAUUACUGCCAUUAGUAGUACAUUUCAGCUACUCACGCUAGGUGUUUCCUCCUUGGCUGAGGCGUUAGCAUUUUAAAAAAUUAUGCCUAUGUUUUGAAGGCAGGGCCCAAUGGGUGAACAAUUACUCCAUGUUUGAACACUAAGCCCAAGGGGGUUACUCAGCGAAGGCGUAGUUACUCUUGCUGGUGGAGCAAGCCAGACAGCUUCAACAUAAUUCUUACCAAAUGUCUUCUUCAUUUAGAGUCAUAUUUUAAUUUCUUUAGACUUGCGGGUGUUAUAUCCUAGGGAGCAAUCUCAACCAAGUGUUGGUCUUAUGCAUCCACUCCCCCCUUUUUUGUCCCUCAAAGUGCUGGGAGAAAUAACAGAAGCCAGUCUGUAAACACGAAACAUGUUUUGCUUUAAAUAUUGAAGAGAAAGUUGCGUGAAAAGAUGCAAGGUCUUCCAAUGGUUGCAUAUUUCCUAUUGUUAUUUUUGGCAUGACCUAAAUUGCAAUUUCCCCUCCUCUCCCUUUAUCCUAAACAGUGGCCCAGACAUCCUUAAUUGUGCAGAAUGCAUCGGUCAUCUUGUGUGGCAUCCUUCUGAUGAUGGUCUUCCUGUUUAAGACUCAGCUUUUGGCUCUAUAUCAUGGGUGGCUUCUGGUAAGUGCACAAACCUCAUCAUUUUUAUCCAAAAAAACAUUGAUAAACAUUUGAUUAUGAUAGCACUGUUGCCUUUUCAGUCAGACUGAAGCUUUUUGAUGUCACAAUACUUAAUGGAUUAAAUCGAAUAUAGUCUGUUGUCAGUGCUUAAAUGGAUUUCCUCUUGCUAGGCCAAUAAGGUUGGUCCCAUCCUAGAUCAAUAGUAAAGCAAUCUUAUACAUGAUUAAGGGACGUGGGUGGCGCUGUGGUCUAAACUACAGAGCCUAGGGCUUGCUGGUCAGCAGUUCAAAUCCCUACAACGGGGUGAGCUCCCGUUGCUCAGUCCCUGUUCCUGCUAAUCUAGCAGUUCGAAAGCAAGUAGAUAAAUAGGUAUUGCUCCGGCGGGAAGGUAAACGGCGUUUCCGUGUGCUGUUCUGGUUCGCCAGAAGAGGCUUAGUCCUGCUGGCCACAUGACCCGGAAAAACUCUGUGGACAAACGCCGGCUCUGUCGGCCAGUAAAGCGAGAAUGAGCGCCGCAACCCCAGAGUUGUCCGCGACUGGACUUAACGGUCAGGGGUCCCUUUACCUUUAUACAUGCUUACCUUUGAGUAAACAGUGACAUUUUCUCUUGAGUGGAUGCGCACAGCAGGAGUGGGGAAGUUCUGUCCCUUCAGGUAUUGGUAGAUUACAACUCCUAUCAACCCUCACAACAGGCCGUUAUGAUUGGGUCUGUUGGGAGUUGGGAGUCCAACAAGAUAUGGAGGGACUCAGGUUCCCUAGCUGUAAUGUAUAGGUUUGCACUGUUAAACAUGAACUUCUGUACUCUGUGUGGUUACCAGUGGCGUCAUUUGGAGGGGGGGGGGGCUCUCAAAAUCUGGUCAGGCGUUCUCAGAGUUCCUUUUUCAGAAGAGGAAGGCUUUUCAACCAGCAAACUAUGAUUAGUCCUUGUCUGCCAAGCCAGAACAAGAAACUCAAGGGUUAAGCCACAUUCAUGAUCUCACACAUCAUGGCUUGAUGGAUUAUCUGAACUGAACAAUGGUCCAGCUUUCAAGGACACUCUUUUCUUUAUACUAGGGGUGAGGAACUGGCCAGUUCCUUAUCUCUCUCAGCCUGCUAUAGGCCAACUUGGGCAGGUGAACAACAUGCCUGUCUAUCACCUGAUGUCAUAAUGUAUUCAAGCCUUCUUUAAGGAGAGAGAGUGGGGGGAAACACUGGUUUAAAAAUAAAUAAAUCUGUAGGCACUAGGGCAGCUUGGGCUGUGCUGGGAUCUUUUAAAUCAUCUGUAGAGAGCACUGCGCUUUGAAGCCCCAACAAUCCGUUGAUGGUCAGGACUUCAAAGCACCUCUGGAAGGCAUCAUCAAUCAGCUGAUCAGCAGUACCUGCAAAUCCCUUUCUGGUCCAGCCAUGACUUUACCUGUUGGGCAGGUGGGUGUGGCUUGGCCAUAAUGGCCUGGCUGGCCAAAUGGGGAUACCUGCUAUACCUUAAUGGUUUUGGGUCGCUCUAGUUUUAUGUCCACACAGAGGGAAGAGAAGACAAAGGAUGGUUUUUGAGACAGUGGAAGAUGCAUCUGCUAGCAGACAAUGAUUGUGGGCAAGAAGUAAACAAGAAGUAAAUUGUAAUUUAGCAGUUUGAGGGAGAGUGGUUGAUUUGUUUUCCUUAUGCUUGAACGUCUCUUUCCAUUCCUGCAGACCCUUUGCUAUAUCCUAGUCAUCACAAUAGCAAACAUUGCAAAUCUAGCCAGCACUGCCACAUCAAUUACCAUACAGAGAGACUGGGUCGUCGUUGUUGCGGGUGAAAACAGGAGCAAAUUAGCAGGUGAUGUAUAUUGGGUUUUGGUUAUCUUAAAAACUAUUUUACUCUGUAUACUUGGCUUUAAACUAGCUGAAAUCAGCACAUUUUUCUGUGUUACAGGAGUCGUGAGUCAACAUCAGGUUAUAAAGGGCAGAUUAUAUUUGUUUCUCUUCCCUCCUCUUUCUUGUUCAGAGAGAGCAGGAGAGUAGCUAAUUAUAAUAAGUGGAUUAUCAGUUGGUCAUGUAGACAUUAUGCUCUGUGGCCCUUGUUAUAGUUCAGCUAUUACACUGCCAAGGUUGAACAAACACAGAACUUUUUACACAGCUGUGUUUAGAAUCAAUGCUUUGUCACAUUUUUACUACGAAAAUAUUUCUUGCAGUAGUACAAGGGUAAGCAUCGAUCUAAUUUCACCAGGUGCGAUGAGUUCUUGCCAAUAUCCUCUGUUGUAAGAGGGGUGAACUGUGUUGCCAUAUGGCAAGCCUUAAACCCCAGUCGUAAGCCUGCGCAGAUGGAGUCAGUAAGCUCCAGGAUGUUUCAACAGUCUAGACCACAUUCUGUUGAUUUUAGUUGCUUGUACAUGUUUGGACUUGAAGUGCCUUUAAAGAUUAAAAAAAAAAACCUGUAUACCACAACUUCAUUUUUUUAAAAAAACACACUAAAGUGGUUUGCAACAAUUACAUAUACACAACAAAAACCAUGCAAACAAAUUCACAAAGAUAAUCAGACAACUGUUGCAGAAAGUGUUCGUCUUAAUUGUCUGCAGAAGCCUGGGAACAAAGAAAACUUUUCAGCAGUCGUCUGAAGGUCAAAAUAGAAGACACCUGCUGCAUAUUUUGGAAGAACAUUCCACAGGGCUGGGCUGGUGACACUGUUUCUUGUCCAUAUCCAGUGAGCCUCACCAACUCAGGGGACAAGCAACAACACCUCCUAUAGAUGAUCUCAGAGAUCAAACUGGGAUGUAAAGGUUCAGGCAGGGCCCUUAGGUUGCCUGGACUUAAGCUGUUCAGGGCUUUGUAAAUUAAUACAAGGAGCUUGAACCCGGCUUGGUAGUAGAUGGGUAGCCAGUUUAGCCGUUUUCACUGGUGUUAUGUGUUGUUGUCCAGGUUGAAGGUUGUUGUAUGAAUUUACAGAGCCCUGAACAACUUAGGUCCAGGAUAUCUCAGGAAUCGCCUGAACCCUUAUAUCCCCGCUUGAUCACUGAGAUCACCUGCAGGAGAAUCUCUGCACAGUAAUCCAACAGAAAUUGUAUGUUAAGACUAUUGGAGAUGAGGUGGUGGAGCCAAAAGACUGCGGCUGCUAUCUUUACUGUACAGGGCUACAGGUACAUUUGAAGAGAGAGGAAAUGUGAGAAGCUACAUACUUUUUGCUGUAAUUCAGUUGUGCUGCCAAAUCUUUGAGGAGCUUCUGGCCUGUUUGUACUUAAAAAAAUAACAAUGAUCUGUGUAUGUAUGAUUAUUUAAGAAGUUUCUGGGGCAGUAUGAGGAGGAAAACAAAAGGAUAGUAUAUAAUAUAGAAGGUCUGAGUGUUGGCCUCUGAAUCAAGGCUUACUUGUUUGCAGUAAAUUUUAUUGAAAUCUUUAGGAGAUCUUUGUGUGCAAGUAAAUAGUAUUGAAUUUGGGGUUCCCAGCUUCUAUAUCAAGUGCCAAUUUUGCGUUUUCCAAUGUUCCCUUACAGAUAUGAAUGCUACAAUACGAAGAAUUGACCAGCUGACCAAUAUCUUGGCCCCAAUGGCUGUUGGGCAGAUAAUGACCUUUGGAUCACCUGUGAUCGGCUGCGGAUUCAUUUCUGGGUGGAACUUGAUUUCCAUGUGUGCAGAAUAUAUGCUGCUGUGGAAAGUUUACCAGAAAACUCCUGCUUUGGCUCAUAAAUCCAGUUCAAAGGUUGAGGAGUCAGAACUGAAGCAGCUGAACAUGCAGAAAGGUACCAGUAUUUCCAAGGAGUGUAUUUGGCCAAAUAGAAAUGACCUAUAAGAUAUAAACCUACGUACAGCUUCCCAAAAGCAAGCCCUAUUGAGUUGAAGGAGACUUACUCUCUCACUGUGUGAAGAGUUGCAGCCCCAGUCCAUCUCUUUUCAUAGAAUGCUUCCAAAAUGGAUUGCACUACAAAAAGGUCUUUUGAAUUUGUUUGGAAAUGUUAAACUUGCUUGUUUCCUACAGGUGGAUUCCAUACAUAUUACUAUCACUCCUGCUUCUGUCGGCACCUAGUGAUCACCUUCUAAUUCCAUCUGCCAAGUGCAUCUGCCAGUCACAAAUAUAUUCCUUCAAAAGCUGAUCCUUUUAAAAUGAGUUAAAUAUAUUCUUGAAUAUUGUUUUUUGUAAUCAUCAUCAUCAUCAUCAUCAUAUACUACCUUUCAUUAGUAGGAAAAUACCAAAGUGAUGUCCUUUUUUUUUAUAAAAAAAAUACAAAAUCCAUUAAAACAGACAAAUGAAAUGAAAUGGCAAAACUAGCGCAGUGUCAAACACUGCUACUGUCCUAAUGAUCCACAUUCUUUGGUUUAAGCCAGUUACUUAAGACCUGGGUGCAGCUGAACGGUCUGCCGAGUGGCAGAAAGCAUGUAGGCUCUCCUGAGUUCUCCUUGCUCACAGGAGUUCUUGCUAACAGGAUUUCUAGCUGUAGUUUGACGAACCACUGUCGAAAUAAAGUAAUGGCACAAUACAAUGUUUUUCCUUGGCAGUACUUAACUCUUGUCUCGGUCCACAGGUGGCGAGUCAAAGCCCAACGAAGGAGUCCAGUUAAUUGGCGAGAAAGACAUGGCUGUCUUUGAGCCCAAACUGGAGGAAGAAGUUAGCUGUCUUUCUCGGAUGGCUGAGCCUUUCAGUACAUUCCGGGACGGAUGGGUGGCCUACUACAACCAGCCGGUGUUCCUUGCAGGAAUGGCCCUUGCGUUCCUUUACAUGACUGUCCUAGGCUUUGACUGCAUUACUACUGGCUAUGCAUAUACUCAGGGACUGAGUGGUUCCACUCUAAGCCUCUUAAUGGGGGGUUCUGCCAUAACUGGAAUCCUGGGUACUGUCGCCUUCACCUGGCUGCGUCGCAGGUGUGGCCUGGUUCGUACGGGUAUCAUCUCUGGAGUGGCCCAGUUGGCUUCCCUCGUCUUGUGUGUGAUUUCGGUGUUCAUGCCUGGAAGUCCUUUGGAUCUGACUGUUUCCCCGUUUGCUGACAUCAGUGCUAGAUUGUUUGAAAGUAACCCGUUGCCUACUAUGGCGCCUCAAGGCGAGCUCCUGGAAAUGCCCUUUACAACUGGAAUGCCUUCCUUGUUCAAUGAGUCAACUUCUGAUCCGGGUUUGGCUCCCAACCCUGUGCCUAUUGUCUCCGUAAGCCUUCUGUUUGCAGGAGUCAUUGCUGCGAGAAUUGGUAAGUUAACUCAUAGAAUCAUAAAAUUCUAGGGCGGGGAGGGUACCCGAGGGUCGUCUAGUCCCAACCCCUUGAGAUGCAGGAAUCUCAACUAAAUCAUCCAUGACAGAUAGACAUCCAACCUCUGCUUAAACACCUCCAAGGAAGGAGAGUCCAGCUCCUGAGGGAGUCUGUUCCCCUGUCAAACAGCUCUUACAUCAGAAAGUUCUUCCUGAUGUUGAGUCAGAAUCUGCUUUCCUGUAACUUGAAUCCAUUGGUUUGGGUUCUGCCCUUUGAAGCAGGAAAAACCAAGCUGCCUCCAGCUUCCUUUUAGACAUUUAGAUGAUUGUUUCUGAUGCUUUAAAUAGCAAUUUAGACCUCUCCAGUAGUUGGAAGAUCCUCUUGCUUAAAUCAGAUUUUAAGAGAAAGGAUUGUAGCCUAAAUAUGAUGUAGAAUUGCUUGUGCAGAAAUUGUAGGUUCACGCUCCUUGCAUAUAUAUGAUCUUUGCAUAACAUGCAAGGCAGAAACUAGUUUCCAAGCAAAUAUACUAUGCUGACAUUCACCCUGAAUAGUCCCACAACAAAGCAGAACUGUGCAUUAGUACUGGAGUCUAGAAAGGUUGUUGAGAGAAUAGUUAAAGAGUGAUGACAUUGCAUAUAUUUUAGGUUUUGAUAGUUCACAUCCUUUCUUAAUUAUCUAAGUUGCAAUCCUAAAUGCGCCUUCUAGAAGGUAAGCCCCAUCUGAUGCUUUAGUACUGAUUUCCAGAUAAACACAAACACAGGUUUGUGUUCUCAGUUAACAAGCAAUCUCUUUAUUUUUCCAAGAGGUGAAUAGGUUAGGCAUUUUUACUUAUAUGCAGAAGAAGAAAAAUUCGCUUAGAGGCAAAAAAUAGGCAUGAGUGGUACAUCAGGUUACAUACGCUUCAGGUUACAUAUGCUUCAGGUUACAGACUCUGCUAACCCAGAAAUAUUACCUCGGGUUAAGAACUUUGCUUCAGGAUGAGAACAGAAAUUGCAUGGCGGCGGCAGGAGGCCCCAUUAGCUAAAGUGGUGCUUCAGGUUAAGAACAGUUUCAGGUUAAGAACGGACCUCCGGAACGAAUUAAGUACUUAACCCGAGGUACCACUGUACCUUGGUUCAUUUCAUUAAGGCAUGGAAAUUGUCUCUACGUUUGCAAAUCGGCUGUAGAAAACAAGGUCUUUUAACUUUUGGAGAUACAUGAGAUAUCUUGUGUGGCUUUCCUUUUUUGCCCCCCAAGCAGGAACUGAACAAAUUCCCUUUGUAUUUGUCUUAACAGGACUGUGGUCUUUUGACCUGACCGUCACGCAGUUGCUGCAAGAAAACGUGAUCGAAUCAGAAAGAGGUAUCAUAAAUGGCGUCCAAAACUCCAUGAAUUACCUUCUGGAUCUCCUGCAUUUUAUCAUGGUCAUCCUAGCUCCUAACCCAGAAGCUUUCGGAUUGCUGGUGCUUAUUUCUGUUUCUUUCGUUGCAAUGGGCCAUCUCAUGUACUUCCGGUUUGCCCAUAAAACCCUGGGGAGGAAUGUCUUUCUCUGCUGUACCCCUGUGCCAAAAUCGGUGUCUGACGACCCACCAGCUUGUGAUGCGUCAAGUGUCUAGAGAGAGUUUCACUUAUUGCUGCCAGCGCUUGUUUUUCCUGUCCAUGUACAUAUAUAUAUAUAUGCUUUAUUAUGGGUCAGGGGUAGCUGGUACCUCUUAAAAGUGGUGCUCAACGCUCCACCUCAACGCUUCUCAAACUGUUUUGCCUUUGGGCACAUGAUCACGUGUGGCUUUUCCCCAGUUAGAAGUGGCAUAGCUUAUUUAUUUAAGGGGAGAUCUCCUGAGUAGUGUUUUUUUUUUGUAAGAAUGAUAGUUAAAAAUAAAAAUAAAUAAAAGAUAAAUACCAUAAAUCAAAAGACAAAUUGAAUGAGAAUGAAUUUUGUUCUGAUUCCGCCUCCCCCCCUCCAAAAAAAAAUUCAUGCGGAUUUGGAACAAAGAAAUUAAAACCAGUUUUAAAUAACUAUUGCAUCCUCUGUAAUAUGACCAGUGAUCCCCCAAUGUAACAUAGAUGUACAUUUUGUCUUUAACGAAAUUGCCAAGAAACAUGACCAAAACGUUACACAAAUGAGCAAGAGUUAUGUGCUUUACUCAAGAGUAGACCUAUUAAAAUUAAUGGAUCUAACUUAGCCGUGCUCAUUAAUUUCAAUGGGUUUGCCACCAAAAUCUGUCUUUCUGUGAUGGUUGUUCUUCUUGGAAGAAAUGCCUUUAUUGUUUUAAGUAUGCUCUCUGGAAUAAGGAAUAGUGAAUGAUAUUGUAGAAUAUAUUUGCAGCACUUCUUAGGAACCGAGAGUAGCAGGUACGAAUAUAGCAUUGCAAAGCCUAGGGCCUUACAUCCUAUUUACGAAACUUGAUUCCAUAGUGUUAAGGGGAAGAUACAUGAGCUGGCUUUGUGUGUUUGAUAUAAAAAAGUGUGAAAGCAUUACACUGGCCCUUUUAAAAAAAAAAGUUCAAAAUGCGUACAGAUCCUUAAGCUGAAAAUAUCAACCACUUAUUUUUGUUUAGCCCACUAAUGUCAGGAAAACAAAAAAAAAUCUAUUAAGUUUGUAGCUAAGAAAUUAUUCACCUGGAAACCUCCCUGUGGGAAAGGCCUUCUGAAAUAAAUGGGAAUUUACAGAAGAAACUCAUUCCCAUGGGGCUCAAAUAGGCAGCGUUCUGAUUUGUGUGUAUGUGUGCUUUUAAGUCAUGCCUAUGCCUAAUACUUUUUGAGAAAUCAGACCUAUUGAACGUAACAUGCUAGCAAUGAUGAAUAGUCCAUGCUGACUGAAAUGUAAGGAACGCGUCCUUGAUCAGAUUCUCAUGUACCCAAGCAGGUUGCGCCAUGCAGCUGCUUUCUCCAUGCCAGGUGGUGUCGAGGCUGCCAUGCAUCACAUGGCCAGCACAUGGUGCGCUGGAUGUAGCUUUGCGUUCCUCACCUUUCAGCCAGCAUGAAUUGCACUCAGUAGGGUUAUCUACCUUCAGAUGCCCACUUCAGCUCACAGACUUGUUGGAUUGUGGCACAUAAUGGACAACUUUAAAUGUUUUAUAGAGUUGAUAUUCUUAUGCACUCGAGAUUAUAUAUAUAUUAUCUCAAAGUAUCUUUUACUGGGAAAGUGUACUUUUUUAUUAAAAAAAAAUCUGUUUUUGUAAAAAGGCUUCUUACUGUAUGAUCUUGUAAAAACUGCUUUGAUGAUCGGUAGCGACUGACAAUGCCAUAUGCGCUAACAUGCUUUCCGAGUCCUUUUUACAGUGUACAGGAAAUGCUUUUUACAUUAACCGUUUUAUGCACUUUUGUGGAAAUUGUAUUAAUGUUGCCCUGAGCACUUUGCUUUCCAGUAGAGUUGAAUUCUCUUUACUGUAUUCCUGGGAGUUUUUCUAAGAGAUAGCAGUGUGAUUUUAAAUCUCUGUUAAAUAUUUGUAAAAUAUUUGUUUGCAUAAAAUACAAACCGUUUUUCAC